AUGGCCGACGCAAAGCAAGGUGGUGAUUUAUUUGACAUGGCUAAGGACGGAACCAAAGUACCCGGUGAUGCAGGCAAGCAGAACAUCAUCAGCUCCGUGCCCAACCCUCACCAAAAGGACCCGUCUACCGCCGGCGGAUUGGGCUCAACAACAUUGCAUGGCGCUGCUGAUAACCCCAUUCACGACGAGGAGGGUAGACCGUCAGGCGUUGGCGAGGGGAUCACAGCUACUGGUCACGAUAUUCCUCAAUCGGUCACGGGGAAGCCAGGUGGUCGAGGUGGAACUCAGGGAUCUGAAGAUAUCAGAGCCGCUACAGGGGGGUUUGCCACUAAGUCUAGCCGCUCUAAAGAGGAUGUGUAA